AUGUCGACCGAUAAGAUCACCUUCCUCACCAACUGGCACGCGACGCCGUACCACGCUCCGCUGUACCUGGCCCAGGCCAAGGGGUACUUCAAAGAAGAGGGCAUCCAGGUCGCCCUUCUUGAGCCCAACGACCCCAGCGAUGUCACCGAGAUCAUCGGCACCGGCAAGGUUGACCUCGGCUUCAAGGCUAUGAUUCACACUCUCGCCGUAAGCCUUCUCAUCCCCUCUCCAUCCUCUCACGACUCUUCACUGACGCCUCCCCCCAAGGCCAAAGCACGCGGCUUCCCCGUCGUCUCCAUCGGCAGCCUCCUCGACGAGCCCUUCACGGGCGUCGUCUACCUCAAGGACUCGGGCAUCACGACCGACUUCCGCUCCCUCCGGGGCAAGCGCAUCGGCUACGUCGGCGAGUUCGGCAAGAUCCAGAUCGACGAGCUGACGUCGCACUACGGCAUGACGCCCGACGAGUACACGGCCGUCCGGUGCGGCAUGAACGUGUCCAAGGCCAUCAUCGAGGGCACCAUCGACGCCGGCAUCGGGCUGGAGAACGUCCAGAUGGUCGAGCUCGAGGAGUGGCUCGCCGCGCGGGGGCGGCCCAAGACGGACGUGCAGAUGCUCCGCAUCGACGAGCUCGCCGAGCUCGGGUGCUGCUGCUUCUGCACGAUCCUGUACAUCGGCAACGAGUCCUUCGUCGCGCAGAACCCGGACAAGGUCCGCGGCUUCAUGCGGGCCGUCAAGAGGGCCACCGACUUCGUGCUCGACCGGCCCGAGCAGGCGUGGAGGGAGUACGUCGACUUCAAGCCCGUCAUGGGCUCGGACCUGAACCGCCGCAUCUUCGAGCGCAGCUUCGCCUACUUCUCGCGCGACCUGAAGAACGUCCGGCGCGACUGGGCCAAGGUCACCGGGUACGGCCGCCGCCUCGGCGUGCUGGCGGAGGACUUUGAGCCCAACUACACCAACGAGUUCCUCGGCUGGUCCCUCGACGAGGAGUCCGGCGACCCGACCGGCGACCAGAAGCGCAUGGUCGAGCUGCAGAACGAGGUCUCGUGCAAGGGGGGCUUCCGCCGCCUGGAGCUGCAGUCGGCGGUCAGGGCCUGA